CCCUGCAGAGAGCAAGGCAGGAGUGGCUUUGUGCAGAAAUGGCAGCAAACCCUUCUCCUCUGGAAGCAGAUCUUUCCUGUGCUGUGUGCUGUGAGAUUUUCAAUGAUCCUGUAACUCUUCAUUGUAACCACAGCUUCUGUAAAGCAUGUCUGGAUCAGUGCUGGAAAGAGAAGGGAGCUCGGGAGUGUCCAGUGUGCAGGAGGAGGGCUUCAAUGGGGGAUCCUCCUGUCAAUUUCGUUCUCAGGAAUAUUGUGGAGUCCUUCCUAAAGGAACGCAGUCAGAAUCCUCCAGCACCUACUGGAAUACUCUGCAGUCUGCAUGAGGAAAAACUGAAGCUGUUCUGUGUGGAUGAUGAAGAGGCUGUCUGUCUCGUGUGUCAAACUUCAAAGAAACAUGAGAAUCACAAGAUCCGUCCUGUUCAGGAGGCUGCACAGGAUUAUAAGGGAGAACUCAAGACUGCGCUGAAGCCCUUGCAGGACAAGCUGAAAACCUUUAAUAAAGUUAAACAAGAAUGUGAUGAAACAGCAGAGCACAUCAAGAAACAAGCCCAGCAAACAGAGAGGCAGAUAAAGGAGGAGUUUGAGGAACUUCACCAGUUUCUACGAGAUGAAGAAAAGGCCAGGAUAGCGGCACUGAGGGGGGAAGAGGAACAAAAGGGAAGAAUCAUGAAAGAGAAGAUUGAAAAACUUACAAGAGAAAUCUCAUCCCUUUCGGACACAAUCCGAGUGAUAGAACAGGAGAUGGAAGCUGAAGACAUCUCCUUCCUGCAGAAGUACAAAGACACACAGAGCAGAGCCGAGCGCACACUGCAGGAUCCACAGUGUGUUUCAGGAGCGCUGAUAGAUGUAGCCGAGCACCUGGGCUCUCUGAAGUACAAAGUGUGGGAGAAGAUGCUGGGGAUUGUUCAAUACACUCCAGUGACUCUGGAUCCCAACACAGCACACCCUGAUCUGAUACUGUCUGAGGAUCGAACAAGCGUGAGACGCAGCAAGGAGAGUCAGCAGCUUCCUGACAGCCCAGAGCGGUUUGAUACCUGUGCUUGCGUACUGGGCUCUGAGGGAUUCACUUCAGGGAAACGCUGCUGGGACGUGGAAGUGGAGAGCAGUACUGACUGGAUUCUGGGUGUGACUGAAGAGUCCAGCCAGAGGAAAGGGGAAUUCACUCCGGACUCAGAAGAAGGAUACUGGAUUAUAGGCCUGGGGGAUGGGGAUCAGUACUGGGCACUGACCUCACCAUGGACACGACUCACUGUGGAGAAGAAACCCCAGAAGAUCAGAGUUCAGCUGGACUGUGACGGGGGGGAGGUGGCAUUCUUUGACCCCAGUGAUAUGAGAAAACCCAUCUACACUUUUAAACACAGAUUCACUGAGAGAAUGUUUCCAGUGUUCUUUCCUGGCUCUGCCCCUAUCAGUGUGUGCCCUGUGAAGGCAGUUAUAAAAGUGGACUAGCCCAAUGUGUUCAGCAUAAACAAUAGGGAUGAAUAAUAAUAAUAAUAAUAAUAAUAAAUAAUAAUAAUAAUAAUAAUAGUGACAGCCGGGACAUGAUUGAGAGGGAAAUAAAUAGUAAAAAAGGAACAGAAACAUUUUAAAUACAAUAUAAAUACAUUUUCCACUGCCAGGGAAGGGGUCCUGUUUUCCUUUUAAUUCAUGAAGACACGAUAUGAGGGAGGGAGGAGGGUAUUAUAAAUACUCGAUCCCGAUUGGUCAAAGCCGGUCACAUGGGGGUGUUGCUAUUGCAGCAUACAGGGGGUAAGAGAGGAGAUUUUUUACUAUUUAUAUAUAUAUAUAUAUAUAUAAGAACAUAAGA